AUGGAGCAGCUUAGAUGUCAUGGGUUAAUUGUUUUCGAUCAUUCAAUAAUCAUGGCGUUAUAUCAACCUCAACACCCCGCUAGUCUGCCGAGUCCGGCAGUUUUCCUGCUAGAGAUGCUAGAAGAAGAGUUGCAGUCUAACACCCAUCGGUUACAUCAGCAAAGCUUGAGGUCGUACUUACAUAAGGAACACACAAAAGUUUCUAAGAAAAAAAGUGGAAGCGCAACCUCCGAAGUAUACAAAAGCAGUUGGUUCGGUUAUACUUCCAUGUUAUUUAUUUUGGAUGGUGAUACGCAACGCAGCGGCACAGAAACUGAACUUGCAGAAUAUGACAGCCAAGAGAACACGAGUGAGAACGAGAGAAAUAGGAAAAUAGAGGUACUUGAACACGAAACUACUUCAUCAAGUACAACUCAACAGGGUUUGGAUUUUGCAACACCUUCAUCAAAACGUAAACGCCAAAAAAAAUCGGCGCAGGUAGACGAAGCGUACCAUUUUUUGACAGAGGCAAAGGAAAAAUUGACCAAACAAGAUCGAUUUUCCUAUUUUGGAGAACGGAACUGCAAAGUUUAA